CCCUGUGGGCCGGGCUUGCGGGGGCCCACGGCCCAGCGGCCCAGCGUGGCCCAACGUCAGGUCACUGGAGGACGCAGGGCGGGAGGGGCCCCUCGCGCCCCAGGGAGGGACAGUCCCGGAGGAGACACACCUCGCUCGUGUUCUGCCCCCCACGUUCUUUCCUUGCUGUGCUGGGGGACCUGCAAGGAGCUGCCCCCCAGGCUGCCCAGGAGCCAGACCCCCUCACGCUGCAGCCCCCCGCCCAGUGCAGACUGCUCACUCCCAGCUGGGGCUCCCCACAUUCCCAGGAUUCCCCCUGCAGCCUCCCUGGCUCCCCUCCACAGCCUGGAGAGGGCCCGGGCGGGGGCUGCUCUGCCCCCCAGGAGGUGCCAGCUGGGCUGCUGGAGCCUGGUGCUGCAGACUGGCUUGGCCCCCAGGGGGGGCGUGAACCCCCCUGAAGACAGCCCACCCUCCUGCACUGGGGCCCCGGCACCCCCUCAGCCGGCUCCCCACUUGGCCCGAAGCCCAGAAGGGCUGGGUUCCAGUGCUGCCCACCAGCACCCCGUUUACAGGCUGAGCGGGCACAUGUGUGCCCCUGCCGGGCAAGGGGAGGCUCACUUCCCUUCCGGAAGCCAAUGUCGGCGCCCCUCUGGGUCCCCAGCCGGUUUGUGGCGGAUGAGGGGAGGGGAGAGCUGGCCGGAGGCUGCGGGUGGGGGGCAGUGUCCCCCAGGGCGUGGGCUCCCACGAGGGGGUCUGCAGAGUCUCACGGGGUCCUAUUUUGUGCCCCAGGCCACCCAGCAGAGAAGGCUGUCGGGGAGGACGCACGGAUCAUGUGGGGGCCCCGCGGGCUGCCGCUGCUGUGGUUCCUGGUGCUGGCCGCGGGGGGCGCGGAGCACCUCUACCGGCCCGGCCGCAGGGUGUGCGCCGUCGGGGCGCCCGGGAGCCGCGGGCCCGAGUCCUUCGUGCAGCGCGUCUAUCAGCCCUUCCUCACCACGUGUGACGGGCACCGAGCCUGCAGCUCCUACCGGACCAUCUACAGGACGGCCUAUCGCCGCAGCCCCGGGCCGGCCACCCCCAGGCCCCGCUACGCCUGCUGCCCCGGCUGGAAGAGAGCGGGCGGCCUCCCCGGGGCCUGCGGCGCAGCGAUCUGCCAGCCGCCGUGCCAGAACGGGGGGCGCUGCGUCCAGCCCGGCCGCUGCCACUGUCCCGCAGGGUGGCGGGGGGCCACCUGCCAGACCGAUGCGGACGCGUGCCGUGCCCGGGGCGGCGGCUGUCCCCAGCGCUGCAGCCCCGCGGGCGGCUACCCGUGCGGGUGCCAGGAGGGGCCCGGCCCACCUGCGGACGGAGGGGCCCUCGCCACAGGAGUGGACAGCAGGGCGGAGGAGGAGAUGCAGAGGCUCCGCUCAAGGGUGGACGUGCUAGAGCAGCAACUGCAGCUGGUGCUGGGCCCGCUGCGCGGCCUGGCCUCCCGGGCACUGGAGCAGGGCCUGGCGGAUCCCGGCCGCCUCCUCGCCCACUCCCUGCAGCAGCUGGACCGCAUUGACUCCCUGAGCGAGCAGAUCUCCUUCCUGGAGGAGCAGCUGGGGUCCUGCUCCUGCAAGAAGGACCCGUGACAGCGUGACCCGCAGACUCGUCUCCUCGCCCCCGCCCUGGCCCGGGCUCCGCGGCAGGGGUGGCCCAGCCCCCAGGACAGACCCCCACACCCCGGCCGGCUCGGGGCUGUGGGGCCCUGCUGAGGGAGGUACGAAGCUCCUGCCGGGGCCGGGCCGUGCUGCCCGCCGGGUUGGUGGGGAGCCCGCUGAGCCUCUGUCGGAAUAAAAACGAGACCAAGAAACGUCUGCGCCUGAGGAUGGAUGGAUGGAUGGGUGUUUGGGGGGUGCCCAGUGCAGACCCAGCCCUGGGUUGGCUGCGCAGGGGGCCCACC